AUGCACUUUACCUUUAAAAGAGUGUUGACAGCAUUAGUAUUGUCGAGUCGACGUAUUUCACAAUCAGGAGAAAUGAAUUGGUUUAAUUUCAUAGGUUCGGCUUUUAGUAUGGGAUUUGUUGGGAUAUGGGCAAUGCACUUUAUAGGCAUGAAAGCGUUAACACUUGAGGAUUGUGUUUCUCAUAAAAUUCACCCAGUAAAAUUUAAUUUAUGGUUCACAAUAUUUUCAAUAAUAAUUCCCAUAAUAGUACUUAAUAUGACAUUUUUCAUGGUUGGAAAUCAACCGAACCUAACAAGAAUACUAUUUGGUGGUACAUUUGCUGGAACAUGUUUGGGGUUAUCCUUAUGUGGUCUGCAUUUAAUCGCCAGUGCUGGUACUUCUUAUUUUAAUACUGAUGUAGAAGGGGAUGAUUUGAAUACUGAAAAUUCAUCAGGAACGUUAAUUGGUCCAAUUUAUGAUGAAAAAGGAAUGAUAUUAGUAACAAAUGAAGGAUAUUUACCGUAUAGAAAAAUUACCAAUGAUAAUUAUCAACAAAAGUUGGAAGAGGAAUUUACCACAUAUAAUUUAGUAUUCCAUUGGAUAUAUCGAUUAACUCAUGAUUGGGAGAGUAUUAAGAAAUGGCUUUCAUUUAUUGAAAUUUAUAUUCAAAAAUUCAUGUCACCUUCAAACAUAAAACCAUCAUCACCCAUGAUAAUAUUCUUCACAUCAUUUAUAACACAACUUUUCACUAAUUCAAUUCCUUAUUCAAUACAAUUUCGAGGGAUGUUCAUUCAUCAUGCCAAAUUAUUAUCUGAAUCUUUAAAUAUUUCACUUGAAGAAUCUGGAAUACUUUAUGAUCGAAUUAUUGAUACCGGAAUCUUUAAGAAUGUAAAUGAGAAGGGGAAAGGAAAAGAAAACGAUUUAGAGAUUAGA